GCAGGCUUUCUGAUAAGAAAAAAUCAAAUCAAAUAGCAUACGACCAAACAAACGAGCCCAUGGCACUUGCUGCUGUAGCAACUAAGUUUUGAUAGGAGGUGUAUACCGUAUGCGGUUCGAAUUUUCUUUAUCUCAGACUGCGACCAGGCAUCCCAUCCAUCAAACUUCUUCAACAAAUCUAGAGAUAACCGGUAUGUUUGUUCCAUAUGUUCCACAGAAACAGACAGCUACCUACGACGAAUGAAGAAGAGCAGCAAAAACUUGGCUCCAUCCAUUGUUAGCGAUUACGAAAUUCGUCCAAUUCGGUUUGAAAUUUUCCGUUAGGGCAAAGAGGAAGAGCAAAAUACGCGAAAAGUGCAGCAACCAUCAGAAAAGUGCUCGCGGGUCGUCCAUAAUCAGCAAGCCAGCCAGCAGUCUGAUCAGAAGCGAGAACCUCGAGACACGAAACGGACGGGACGGAACGACACGAACUGUGAAAACGGAAAAUAAUACGGGAACAUGUACGGAUUUGUGUUGUAGUACUUAGCAAUUUUAGUGAAUCUGCCUAGUUUAUAUUUAAAGAAAUCUGAGCAGGGAAAGUAUGCCGCAAGGGACUAGUAAAAAAGUGGAAAAAGUGCUGGAUUGUGGGCUAAAAUUGAAUCUACGACGGAAGUCACCCUGGUGGCCAGUCGAAACGGCAGUGGUACUCUAUGUGGUGGUUCUAGGUCUGGUGCAAUCGUCCCAGGGAGCCAUCGUUGCAUCAGGUCUGCAGGAGGCAGUCAUUAAUAGCAAAGGUGACGGACCCUUGUUUGUGGUUCCCUAUAGAAUCGAUGAUCAACAGAAGCAUCAGCUCAUCAUCGGGAAAGGAAAAGUGAAAAAUCCCCCAUCACUGCUACAGCACGACCACCAAGACAAUGUUCUUAAUUACCAUUCAAAUGAAAACGACGUCAGAGACGAUAACCUGCAUAAACAUUCGCUUUUGCUGACCGUUCGCGAUGGCGAUUUCGUCGAUGGCACCGCCACAAGAAUCGCUGCUGGAUUCCGGGGGUCUCUAUUGGUGCGGCUGGUGGAGAAAUCGAUGAAUGGCGGGGGAUGUCCGGGGGGAUCAAUCGAGGCGGCCGAUAGUUAUUACUUCGAUGGCCGGGCCCGUAUCAUGAAUCGCAUCAAUGAUACGCACUUACGGCUGUCGGUCAGAUUGUUUUACAACGACCAAAAUCGAAUAUUAUUAUUGCUGAAGCAGCAGAACGGCCAGAAUGUUUCCUCCAUCGCUGAUGGUGUGUGUGCAUCGUUAAAUGGUAGUGAUUUGUUUUACUUACCGAUUGCCUCAGCCGAGGCGCCCAUCGUCACCCACUUAACCCGCGACCAGUCGCGGUCAGAAUCGCUAUCUUUCACGAUACCGCAACAACAAAAGCAAGCAAAACGGCGUAGUGAACGAAGUAUCAGCGCUGGCUCAGAAUCGCAGAAUACCGCAUCGAAUAGAGAUUCGGACGAUGAGCGUGAUGAGGCCAAGAGCAAGGCAGAGAAAGAAGCCGCGCGCAGUCUAGUGAUCAAUGGCAUUCGUGUGGAGCACGCCGAUAAGGAACCACUGGUAGACGAUGAUGGUGUUCCGACCGUCUUGAGCUAUUCAUCCGUGACGUUGCGUUUGUUUGGUCUGGGCCUAACCGAGGAUACGGUCGUAGUAUUCACGCAUGAAAGCAAUACCUUCGGAGGUUCGUGUCUGGUACCAGCCACCAACAAGUACCGCAUUGCUAAAGGAUCCAUCAGUUCAUACAGUGCUCUGGUGCACCUAGAGUUCCCAGCCACAAGUGCGGCAAAGUAUUUCUACAUUUGCGCCAAGUAUGAGUCGAACGACACCUUCGAACAGUCGGCACGUUUUGCGUCUCCCUUCAUCCACCAGGGUAUGGACUCCUGGAUGAGAAUAGCUAGCUACGAACCGGUGCUGCCCCUCUGGGUGUCCCUUAUCAUAAUUACGGUUUGUUUGAUGUUCUCGGCUCUGUUUUCCGGCCUCAACCUGGGACUCAUGUCUUUGGACCGUACGGAUUUGAAAAUUCUCUGCAACACAGGAACCGAAUCGGAAAAACUCUACGCACGAGCUAUCCAACCG